AUGCGGACGCCAGUGGUGAUGACGCUGGGCAUGGUGCUGACGCCCUGCGGGCUGUUGCUCAACCUCAUCAGCACGCUGACCCCGGGCUGGCGGCUGGUCAAGGGCUUCCUGGACCAGCCCGUGGACGUGGUGCUGUACCAGGGCCUGUGGGACAUGUGUCGCGAGCAGAGCAGCCGCGAGCGCCAGUGCGGCCAGCCGGACCCGUGGGGCUACUGGGAGGCGCGGCCGGUGCAGGCGGCGCGCGGCCUCAUGGUCACGUCGCUGGCCGUCGCCGCGCUGGGGCUGCUGCUGGCCUCGCUGGGCGUGCGCUGCUGGCGCGACGAGCCCCACUUCGCGCUGGCCGGACUCUCGGGGCUCGUGCUCUUUGUCGCCGGCCUCUUCAGCCUCGUCCCUGUCUCCUGGUAUAACCACUUCCUGGGCGACCGUGACGUCCUGCCCGCCCCGGACAGCCCGGUCAGCGUGCAGGUGAGCUACAGCCUGGUGCUGGGCUACCUGGGCAGCUGCCUGCUGCUGCUGGGCGGCUUCUCGCUGGCGCUCAGCUGGGCGCCCUGGUGCGAGGAGCGCUGUCGCCGCUGCCGCAAGGCGGCCCCCGCCGGCCCGCGCCGCGCCAGCAUCAGCACGGUCCACGUGGACUGGCCCGAGCCCGCGCUCACGCCCGCCAUCAAGUACUACAGCGACGGCCAGCACCGCCCGCCUCCCGCCGCCGCCAGCAACUCCGCCGCCGGCAAGCUCAAGGUCGGCUUCCCCAUGCCCAGGCCGCCGCCCAAGGCCUACACCAACCCGAUGGAUGUGCUGGAUGGGGAGGGGGACCCGGCGGCCACCUCCCAAGGCGCCUCCUCGCGCAGCACCAGGCCCUGCCAGAGCUCGCUGCCCUGUGACUCGGACCUGUAGACCACCGGGCAGCGGGGUGAGUGAGGAGGCAUCCCGCACGGCGCCUACUCUUGAACUUGUGCGAUGUGUCUGCAACCGGAACCCUGGGAUACCUUUCUAGAACUGUCUCCAGGGCACGCUUCCUUUCUUGCGGCUGAACCAGACACCACGUGUGUGCAGGCUGGGUUUAGUUUUCUCUGUAUGAACUUGUGUUUCUCUCUCUCUGAGGGAGCAGGCCUUCUUAGGAAGUGAUGGAAAUGGUGACAGCUUGUCAAACAGAGACAGUCAACAACAACAACAACAAAAAUUACAGUCAGCCAAUAGAGCGCCAAAACUGAUUUGCCACCUUGGAAGUACAGUAUGCCGACGCCAGUGCAUCCUUCAUCAGUGCUGUGGCUGGGUGUGUCUUGUUUUAUAUGCAAAUGCUCAAGAGGACUGUGUAAGUCUGGCUGUUUGAAUAGCUCUUAAAGCCAAGCUCACAACCAGCAGUUUUUAAGAAGUGAAACAACCUGUUUAACUCAAAUUCCCAUUUUCCGCACAUAAGUAGGACUUAUCUUUUCUAAAAACGGACUUUGAUGUGAAAGUUGAGGUUGUUAGAGAAUUUCUCUUCCACAGCCAGAACAAUGAACACCAACCCUGGACUGUUCCCUGGAUGCCUUGCCCUGGGCAGAAAGAACGAUGGGUUUAAUAUUUUAUGCAAAAUGGAACCUGUUAAGUCACAUUUGGUUGAAAUCCAUAUGUACAUAUCUUAUUUAUAAAUAAAAAUCGAGAACACCA